AUGUCCCCAGUCCUCCCCAGCUUGGUCUCCUAUAUCAGCAAAGCAAGCAGGAGAGGGGGAAAGACAGUACCGCCAGGACUUUCCGGACAACAACAAAACGAAGAUUGUCUUUUCUUAGAUGUUAUCAGCCCUUCCAAAGUAUUCGCGAAAGGCAGAAGGGAAAACCACGGCUCCUUAGCGCCUGUUUUAUUCAAUAUACAUGGAGGCGGCUAUUUUUCAGGAGACAAGACCGCUAUCUACAAUCCCAGGGGGUUAUUAGAGCGAGGCAAAGACGAUUUCGUGUAUGUCUCGAUCAAUUACCGACUCGGUGCAUUUGGGUUUCUAGCAGCUGUUGAACCAUCUUCUGCAAAUUACACUUCUCCCAAUGCCGGGUUUCUGGAUCAGAGGUAUGCCCUCAAAUGGGUGCAAAAAUACAUCCAUUUGUUUGGUGGCGAUCCUCAGCAAGUCACGAUCACCGGAGAGUCUUCUGGGGGCACCUCUGUCCUGAGACACCUUGUGGCGUAUGGUGGCUCCAAGCCCGAAGAAAGUGGUCUUUUCAUCCGUGGAGUAGUACAGAGUCCCUCUCUAACCCCUAUAGAUCCGCAGUAUCUGAAGCUUGGUGCAAACUUGUUUUUGCAAAGCGCUGGAGUCUCGACCGUAGACGAAGCGAGAAACUUGUCCACGGAGGUGUUGCAGAAAGCGCAAAAACAAGCACAAGUCUCGGGACCUUUCAAUGUUCAGUUCUUCACCCCCGUCGUAGAUGAUGAUGUUCUUCUGGACUAUCCCACGCGUUUGUUGAAGGAGGGCAAAUAUUUCAAAAAUGUCACGAUGAUCGCCGCCCACAAUUUCAAUGAAGGCCGCCAUUUUGCAAAUCAAAGUGUCAGCACAGAUGCUGAUUUUGACAACUGGGCAUAUCAGCUUUUCCUUUCUACUCCUAACGUCGCAGAGAAGGUUAUAAAGGAAGUGUACCCUCCGCUUUAUGACGGAUCCCUUCCCUACAAAAACCCUCUGGAACGUCUCGAACUAUGUACCAUGGAGCUUAGUGUGGCUUGUAGUACGAAUGCCAUCGGCGUCGUACCGGAAUUGCAAAGCCGCAACUAUCUUUUCAGCAUCGACCCAGGCACUCACGCGCAAGAUCUCGCGUACACAUACUAUCCCACGGGCGCAACACCUGGAUUCUAUCCGGCUAUCGCAGAAGGUUUACAGGAGUAUCUUACUCACUACAUUUUGACUGGAGAUCUUAGCCAUAAAAUGGACCUCCCUGCUUGGCCCCUGUACUCUACGCACGCCCAUGUGCUCAACAUUACAGAGGCGGGGUUUUCGCAAGCGAAGGAUCCAGCAGCGAAUAACCGGUGUCAAUACUGGAAUUCGGUACCCUACUUUGCCAAACCGGGACAAGUAGCUGAUGCUCACACGAACAUGACAGGCUAG